CAAAACAAAAAAUCACACACAAAAAAAAGGAGUAACCAAAGGCGAGCAGUUGAGUGAGUUAGAAGAAGCACAAAGAGGCAGUAGCGAGAGAUCAAAUCUCGAUUUGAGAAGGAAGGAAAGAUGGAGAAGGGAAAGGGAGUAAUGGUAGGAGGUAGAAGAUGGGGCGUUGACUUCACUGACAAUUCUGCAUCUCCUUCUUCUCGCGACAUCCCUGACCCUCCUGGCUUCUCUCGCGCCUCCCAAGAUCAGGAUGAUUCAACGUUGAGUCGCCAAAAGAAGGAUGCUGAAGCCAACUGGAAAUCUCAGAAAGCUUGGGAAGUGGCACAGGCCCCUUUCAAGAAUUUACUAAUGAUGGGUUUCAUGAUGUGGAUGGCUGGAAGUACGGUGCAUUUGUUUAGCAUUGGUAUCACAUUUUCGGCUCUUUGGCAGCCAAUUAGUGCUUUACAAGGGGUUGGGAAGGUUUUUGAACCUUAUAAAGACAGUAAAGUAGAGCUUCUUGGGCCUAAGUUACUCUUCAUUGCCCUCAAUUUGGGGGGCUUAGCACUGGGUGUUUGGAAGCUUAACACUUUGGGUCUUCUUCCCACACAUGCAUCAGACUGGGUCUCUUCAUUACCUCCUGCACAGGAAGUUGAGUAUUCUGGUGGGGGUAUUCCUUUACGUUGAUGUGCAUGUUUGGUUAAAAUAGACUGACGGAUGAAACUUUGAUAUUGUUUUUGACUGUUGGCUUAUUUCGCAUGGCCAUCAUGUGGACGAUUUGCCAGAUGUUUUAAUUUAAUUUUAUCAAACUAGUGGCUAGGUUUUGUGGAACAUACUGUGAGUCAGUGGAUGAUGCUGGAAUAUUUAAUCCAAUACUUCGUAGUAAGCAAACGUUGAUGGUAUCAUGAUUUGUGCUUUAUUCAAAAUGUAGUUCCUUCAUUGCUUCA